GAUAGAUAGAUAGAUAGAUAGCACCACCACCAUGUGGUAGAAAACAUUUGACAAAUCAAAUGCUGAAACCAAAUUAAUGUCCUUUUCUCUGUCUGUCCACAGAUGAUGGAAGAUGAAAAGAUUACAGUGACAGGGGAGGACCUUGACUGGUCCGAUUUCUAUGACUAUAACUAUAACUAUUCAGACUCGAAUGACUCUUAUGAAGGGGGUGAUAUUUGCGACCUGACUGAGAAUGUGAAUUUUGAAGCUGUGUUCAUACCAGUUCUGUACUCUGUGGUGUUUGUUGUUGGUCUACUUGGGAACGGAUUGCUGUUGGGAAUACUGGCUCGGAGUAGAAAGACCUGGAGCGUAACAGAUACCUUCAUCCUCCAUCUGGGAGUGGCAGAUAUCCUGAUGCUGGUGACGCUGCCCAUCUGGGCAGUACAGUAUGCCCAAAGUGAUGGAUGGACAUUUGGUACUCCCCUGUGCAAGAUCAGUGGAAGUGUUUUUACAAUUAACUUCUACAGUGGGAUCCUUCUCCUGGCCUGCAUCAGUCUGGACCGCUACCUGUCCAUCGUCCAUGCUACACAGAUGUACUCAAGAAAGAAGCCUUGGGUUGUUCAGGCCAGCUGCCUGAUGGUGUGGUGCUUUUCCCUGCUUCUCUCUAUCAUUGACUGGAUUUUUUUAGAAGAUGUGUUUGAUGAUAGACGAGGCAGAAAAGAGUGUGUUCCCAAUUAUUACAAAUUUGGUGAGGAGGCUGUAUAUAAUUGGAGGUUGGCAUCACGCAUGAUUUAUCUCAUAGUGGGCUUUGUACUUCCUUCUGGUGUCAUGAUUUUCUGCUACUCCUGCAUUUUGCAUCAGCUGAGCUAUGGUGCCCAGAGCCAUCAAAAGCAGAGAGCUUUUAAAGUUAUUGUGGCUGUGGUGGUGGUUUUCUUUAUCUGCUGGACUCCGUACAACUUCACACUCUUAGUGGAAACAAUUCAUUUUGAUAACAAAACAGAAACUUGUUCAGGCACAACAUCUCUGGAGAAAAUUAAGACAGUGACCACCUGUGUGGGUUUCAUUCACUGCUGCCUCAAUCCCAUCCUGUAUGCUUUUGUGGGUGUGA